AUGAAGAGCGAAUCCGACGCGGUGAUUAACAAGGGUGGUGCAACUCCGGCGCGGUUAAGAGCAUAUUCCGACGCGGUGGUCAACGAUGAUGCAUUUACUUUAGAGGGUCGAAAUGAAGGCAAAAGAAGAAAAGGGAUUUUGUGUGUUUUUGAAGAAGAUGAGGAAUGUAGAGAAAGAAGGCUUUGUGGGGCUAAAAUCGAUAAAUCACAUGUCAGUUUGAAGGAUAGCACUAAAUCGGGGUGGAAAUUUUUGAACGCACCUUUGAAGGUUCUGAACGCGGUAACCAAACACGAAGCACGCGGUGAUAUUGUGAUCUCCAAGAAGAAGAGGGCAAUGGCAACACCACCAACUACACACGUUGAUGAUGAUGAUGCUGGAUCGCAUGGAGAAGUAGCAGGCAAUGAGACACAGGGAAGGGUCGAUGCGUUGUCAGUGGAGGCAAGACUGGAUGCUGGUUCUGCCAAUUCAGACCAAAAGGGUGCAAAUAAUAUUGCAAAACGUUCUCAAGAAAGGAUAGGAAGUGCAUUCACACGAAACAGUUUACCUCAAGAUUUUGAUGAUCAAGAGAUAUUGUAUGAAACUUGCACUGUUUCUAAUGCAUCACAAUUAUUGGUUUUGGCACCCAAGUUGCAGAGCCUAAGAAUUAAGGACUGCGAAUCAUUGGAUGUCCUCCCAGAUGGUUUGCUAGAUGGAUCAACCAGUCUUAAAGAAUUGAAAUUGAUGAAUUGUUCUGAUCUAAGGUCCAUCCCUUACCCUCCAUCCCUGACUGAACUUUACAUAAGCAAGUGUAGAAAUUUUGAAUUACUCCGAUCGUCAAAAUCAAGAGAGAAUCUUUCCUUUAUUCACAGAUUGUCCAUUGGGAAUAGUUGUGAUUCUCUCACUACCUUGACCUUAGAUUUGUUCCCUAAACUCAAGAUUCUUUUUAUAUGGAACUGUCCCAAUCUAGUAUCUUUUGAUGUUACAGGGGUGCAUAAGGGUGAUUUUCCAUUGGAAUGUUUUGAAAUAAGAGAUUGCCCUGGAUUGACGUCUUUCCCAGAUGAAGGAUUUCAUACACCAAACCUACGUGCCUUCACCCUUUCCAAUUGCAAGAAUCUUAAAAAAUUCCCCAAUUUUAUUGCCUCUCUCACAUCUCUCCUCACAUUAUUUGUACUUAGAUGUCCACAUAUUGAAUGUUUUCCACAUGGUGGUUUGCCUUCAAGCUUAAUUCUAAUCUCUAUUGCAUAUUGUGACAAGCUUACAUCACAAAAGGAAUGGGGAUUGGAAAAUCUAAAAUCUCUCACUACAUUUAAUAUUGAAGGUGGAUGUAUAGGUCUGGAGUCAUUUCCAGAGGAAAAUCUUCUUCCCAGAAACAUUAUCUCUCUACACAUCAGCAAUUUAAAGAGUCUCAAGAAGCUGGACGACAAGGGCUUUCAACAACUUAAUGCUCUUUGCACACUUAAAAUUGAUCGUUGCGACGUUCUGCAGUACUUGCCUGAACAGGGGCUUCCUUCCUCCCUAAAUCAGCUCAAUAUCAGGGAUUGCCCAGUGUUGACUCCAAGACUUAAACCCGAGACAGGAAAGUACUGGUGCAAGGUGGCUCAUAUUCCUCAUAUAGAAAUUGAUGACAAGAAAGUUGGGCAACCUUGGUAUAGAUAUUGAUGACCAAAAAGUGUUUGGGUCUGUGGACUAAAACACCAAAACUAGGCAAAAUAAUCAUGUUACUUCUGUACUCUACCCAACUUUGCAGAUUAAUAUUCGUUUCACUUUUUAACUAUAGCUCUACUAUUUUUGUGCAUUUCCAUAGCACAAAAGAGACCAAUGGUUUAAAUUUAUCACUUACUACUAUAUCACAAGCAUUGACCAUGUAUCUAACAUUUUCUGCAUAUUCCAUGAUAAGAUUGCUUGUGUGUCAUACAUAUGAUGUUAUGUGUUCAUUAUGUACUUUGUUAGCACUAGCGGUCUGCAAAGGCAGAAGUAAUAGAAAAUAACGAGUAGAUGUGUAA